AUGAUUUUCUAUUUCCAGUUUGGAUUAAAUAUGUUUGCGGAGAUCCCCCGGCCCUUUAAUACACAAUAUAAAUGUUUCUCCGUAUCUAUGUUACCUGGAAAUGAGAGGCAAGAUGUGGAACGGGGAGGAAAAAUUAUUAUGCCACCUUCGGCAUUGGAACAACUCACCAGAUUAAAUAUUGUUUAUCCAAUGUUGUUCAAACUAACUAAUAAGAAGACUAAUAGAAUUACCCACUGUGGGGUACUAGAAUUUGUGGCGGAUGAGGGAAAAGUUUAUCUUCCUUAUUGGAUGAUGCAUAACCUAUUAUUAGAGGAAGGAGAAUUAUUAAAUAUUGAAAGUGUAUCAUUACCUGUGGCUAUAUUUUCUCGCUUUCAACCUCAGUCUGAAGAUUUCUUAGACAUUACAAAUCCAAAGGCAGUGUUAGAAAAUGGUUUGAGAAGUUUUGCCUGUUUGACGACAGGUGAUAUAAUUGCUAUAAGGUAUAAUCAACGAAUUUAUGAAAUGUGCGUCCUUGAAACAAGACCAGGCCCAGCAGUUAGCAUUAUCGAGUGUGAUAUGAAUGUGGAGUUUGCUCCACCGGUUGGUUAUAAAGAACCAGAGAAAGAAGUCAAAACAGAAGAUGAUGCAGUGGAUCCAACAGAAUUAAUGCCAGCCCCAGCUGGUUUUGUUCCAUUUAAAGGACAGGGUAACAGAUUAAACGGAAAGAAACGGAAAGAUUCUGGGCAGUCAGAUAUUCUCUCUGAGAAGCCAGUUUACAUCAGAGGCAUUCCUGAUUAUGAUUACAAGAUUGGCACUCUGAAGUUCCUGCGUAAUAUAAAACCUGCUAACACCAAGGAGGUAAAGGAUCAAGAUGAAUUUAAGGCUUUCACAGGGGAAGGAUUUUCCCUUCGUAAAUCAAGAAAAUAAUUGUAUUUAGGCCCACCACGAGGAGGUUGCCGCUCCAGAAAAUUCUAAUUCCGCGUGACUCAAUUCGCGGGGCAAAAGCAGAUGUUAACGAUGCAGAUGACCGCACGACCACACAAACGUCUGUGACGCACGCUUCAUCUUGGCCGCUAAGGGGAAGCGUGCGCCAUUAAGCGAAAGUCAGAAUCGCACAACGUGUUGCAGCUUUGCAUCGCCCACGGCUGUAGGCUCUAAAAACGUGAAUAUAAUCCAAGUCUGCAAAAUCUACUAAAACGCAUCAAAGGAAAAUCUUACUUUGAUUUCAGUAAUUUCUGUACAGAUGAACGGCGCUUAUACUAAACGCAGGGUUUUCUUCGACGUCCUUGAUCCCUUCUGGUGGUUGCAGACAGCGUCCCCAGUCUUUAGCGUCUUCUUUGCUUUUGGUUCAAAAUUUUCGAAGGGACUUUUGGGAUCCUCGUCCCGAGGAAGAUACGGGAGGGGAGCCUAAUCGGACGAUUUUAACUGUCUGCUUAACAGGUGGUGGGGUCGGUUCUUGUUAUCCGGAUAAAUUUUGAUUUGUCCAAAAAUGUAGGUAGGUGGGGGAUUAGAAUUUUAUGAAAUUCGAGAGUCCGUAAUUACCGUGCCGUCUCUUCUCCCGACCGACUCCUGGACGCAGGUAUCUGGAAAAGGUACCCUUGUACUCCCAUUGCAUCAUCUUAAAGUUACGGAUUUUUCGUUAAGGUGACCUGAAAGGGGCAAUCGAGGGGUCAGUAGUUUCCGAAAUAUUUCUCAGAACUAGGUGUACCGAAUCGUUUGAAAUUUUAUAACGCGAGGAUAAAGACCUUAAGAAAGGGCUUGAUAACCAUUAAAUUCUAUUUUUGUGAAGAAACUCUCCUAAGUGCCGCGAUACGGUAAAGUUUCAUAAUCGAGCGCUGAGAGGUAAGUUGUGAGCAGAGAUGAGUUGGAUCCCUGAGUUGGGCCGCCGUUGGGGGCAAGUCCGUUAGCCGCCUGCAUUCUCCAUCGAGGGCAGCACGGAACGCGAUCGUGCGACCCUGCCUACGAGCGAUCUCACAACUCAUCUCUGUUUAUGAAUAGUAGGACCUUAACGUCGGUGGAUGGGGAUUUGGGUCACUUUAAAGGACGAAGUUACACUCGUAACGGAACUAUCAGGGUUGCUAAGCUGAUCGAAUAUGCAAAUUAACUGUCUAACGGAUAAGUAAACAUUUUGUGUCUGCAAUCUGCUUUUACGUGAUCCCAACUAUAUAUGAUCCCAUACAGACAACGCUUUGAUAAAAAUAAACAGAGUGUUCAUUAUUCUUAUUACGUAAUACAUUUUAUCGAAAUAAGUUACGUUUAUUGUACGUCACAGUUGUGGGUAAUCGAUGGUUCACCCGGCAUUUAAGGUGGUAACAACGAAUAUUCGAAUUUCCAGUUUCUCUGUCCACGAGAAAUCUCUUUUGUUUCUAGCAGUGGUUGUAAACGUUAGAAAUUUUCUGGAAAAAAGAUUUUGUUCUAUUAA